UACACAGUGCCACACUUUCACUUUUAAGUCUAACAAGUUGACUGUGGAAAAAUUUAGAGAGGAUGUGUGGUGUGAGAAAAACAGGCUGUGCUGCCAACAUUGUUCGACUAUAGUAGAAGACCAAAAUAACGGACACAGUGGACUCAUUUGCUUUCCAACCACUGUUGGAUUCAACGUUUAAUGACUUUUAUUAUUUGUACUACAAAAACACUAACUGGGAAUAAUGUUUUUCCGUUGGAUUCUACUGGUUGUCUCUUUGACGAAUUUCCUGUGGGACUUUUAUGUGUCCAGUUGUGAUGAGAACUGUGCAGAUAAACCUGAGUUCACUCCCUCCAUACUGGUUGUCAAGUUUGGUGACCCGACCUCUGCCAGCUGCUCUGCAUGUCAGCAUGACUGCAUAGGCCACAUUUUUAAAAUCGAAAGCAAUUCAGGAAAGACAGAAACAAGCGGGACCAUGAUUACAUGGAUGGUCAACAGGCUGACUGAGUGGGACGCAUCACCCUUGUGCUACUAUACCAUUCCUCAAGCCCAGUGUUGUACCACCCUGCCUGUGACUGUCUACAAGCCUCCAGACAAUGUGUCCAUCAGCUUUGAUAAUCACAUUGGGCCAAUGUUUGAGGGUCACCAGUACACUCUGCAGUGUACAGUGGAGGAAGUCGCUCCUAUUGAAAACCUCACUGUGACUUUUUAUAAAGGACAAACAACACUGGGUCAACUUCAUUCUGAAAACAUCACAGAGAAGAAACCAGUGACUGAGACCUUCACUUUAGACAUCACCCCCAGUAAAGAAGAUGAUGGAGCCCAGUACUGGUGUGAAGCAAAGCUGGAACUGGGACCUGCAGGACCACAGCCCCCUCCAGUGGUGAAGUCACAAAAGAUCCCAGUCACUGUGUACUAUGAGCCUCAGAUAGAAUCAUCUCCUGCACAUACGAUCACCAUCACAGAGGGAGACCCUCUACAACUGAACUGCUCAGCUGUGGGAAACCCCAGCCCCUCGUACACCUGGACACUCCCAUCGACUCACUCUUCCUCCCUCAAUAGCAGCAUUUUCACUAUCGACUCUGUAACUGCUGCGGAUGAAGGGCCGUACAACUGCUCUGUCAGCAACAUCAUGGGGAAUGUCACUGUGAGGUUCAGAGUGGUCGUCCAAGGUUUAACCACAACCACACUGCCAACAACAACUACAACAACCGCAACAACCGCAGCCACCACAACAACCCCAAAGCCAACAACCACCCCGAACAGUGCCACCACCAGCAGCGCACUGCUUCACAGGUUCAUAAUGUGUUUCAUGCUUUUAUUCUCUACUCUGGGGACUUUAACUCAGCUGGCUGCUCACAGGCUGAAUAACCGAGUGUUUGUUACUUUCAAUUUUGAGUCGCAGUCUCUCUGGCCAUCUUUGGACUCGACCGUUUGUAUUACCGUGCAUCUCGUUCGUUUACAAGACCCACCGGAGACAAUGUUAAGCUAUCGCAUCUUUGUGGUUUUGUCUUUGAAUAUUCUGCGUGACCUGAGUAUGUCCGUUACUGGCUGUGAUGAGAACUGUGCAGAUAAACCUGAGUUCACUCCCUCCAUACUGGUUGUCAAGUUUGGCGACUCGACCUCUGCCAGCUGCUCUGCAUGUCAGCAUGACUGCAUAGGCCACAUUUUUAAAAUUGAAAGCAAUUCAGGAAAGACAGAAACAAGCGGGACCAUGAUUACAUGGACGGUCGACAGGCUGACUGAGUGGGACGCAUCACCCUUGUGCUACUAUACCAUUCCUCAAGCCCAGUGUUGUACCACCCUGCCUGUGACUGUCUACAAGCCUCCAGACAAUGUGUCCAUCAGCUUUGAUAAUCACACUGGGCCAGUGUUUGAGGGUCACCAGUACACUCUGCAGUGUACAGUGGAGGAAAUCGCUCCUAUUGAAAACCUCACUGUGACUUUUUAUAAAGGACAAACAACACUGGGUCAACUUCAUUCUGAAAACAUCACAGAGAAGAAACCAGUGACUGAGACCUUCACUUUAGACAUCACCCCCAGUAAAGAAGAUGAUGGAGCCCAGUACUGGUGUGAAGCAAAGCUGGAACUGGGACCUGCAGGACCACAGCCCCCUCCAGUGGUGAAGUCACAAAAAAUCCCAGUCACUGUGCACUAUAAGCCUCAAAUAGAAUCAUUACCUCCAGAUGAGAUCACCAUCACAGAAGGAAACCCUCUACAACUGAACUGCUCAGCUGUGGGGAAACCCAGCCCCUCAUACACCUGGAAGCUCCCAUUAGAUAGCCCCUCCCCCUCCAAUAGCAGCGUUCUCACUAUCAGCUCUGUAACUUUUGCGGAUGAAGGGUUGUACACCUGUACCGUCAGUAACAGCAGGGGGACUGUCACUGUGAAGUUUAAUGUUGAUGUCCAAGUCAACAUGGGAAUCAUUACAGCCGUGAUAAUUGGAGUUUUUGUUCUUGUCAUGACCGUCUUGAGCCUUCUUGUUUACUUCUAUUGCUACAAACCCAGCCGAGUGGGACAGUACAACCUGAAGGACGUUUUCCGUUUGCACGCACGACACUCCACCGUGCCCUGUGCAGAGUAAGUCUGCGGGAGGACAUAAAAUGUGUAUGGACCUUUGUUGCAUCUCUCGCUCCCUCAUUUCCUGUUAUCUCUCCACUGACACUAUCUAAUGAUAUACAGUACCCCAAAUUAUAUCAUAAAAAUGAGUUGAAUUCAAGUUUUAACUUUAACUUUAACUUAACCUCACUACUGAAUGGAACAAGUCACCAUCUCUCUUUUAUCUGCUGUGUUUACAGAAGCUUUAUAUACAAAUACUGGUUUUGUACAAAAACAUACAGUAGAUCAUGUAGUAGUAGCUUACAGAGACAUAACUUCAUAACUUUAUAGAAGCAUCAUUUGACAGUGAUUACAAGCAACUAUCCAAUAUGCCGAGAGGGGAUUCCCAUUAAUGUAUGGGGUUUAUUUUUAUGAAAAAUAUUUUGUCAUAAUUGAAAGCAGCUAUUCAGUAAAUCUACAUACAUUUAAAGUGCAGUGUUAAAGUCUUACACAGUGUUGCACUGCAACAUGUAUGUAGCUCAGUUCCUUACAACAAAAUUGUGAAUAUUUCACUUUGUCUAGAGUUACAAGACCAAAUCCUCUGUAUGUGUGAAGCAAAUACAAUAUUAUGGGUCACAUCUUCUUUUUUUAAGAGACAGGACUUUUUACCUUAUCAAUAUAGAUUUUUCUUGUUCCCACAAAAAGACUAAUGACGUGUUGUCCAUCUCUCAGUGCAUUCCUGCUUUCCUUCCCUGUGUGUAGCACCCAGCCCCAGGUUCAUUAGCUCGGGGUUGAGCGUGUAGCAACAUUGCUCAAAGGGAAGUUCAAACUGGAUUUGUUGGGGACUAUUUUCAGCUGUGGAUUUAUAUAUAUAUUUGGCGCACUAGUGAGUAUUAAAGACAGCAGGAUGUUGUACAUGGGUUGGACUCAACACAAACCACAGUGCACCUGUUGACUGUAAUGAAGGAACAUUGGUGCAACCAUUUGACACAUGAUAGGUUUUUAAUAGUUUUGCAGUGGUGGCUAAAAGUUUGGUAGACAGGGUCGUGUAAACGCCACCCUAGGAUCUACUUUAGAUUUAUAAUCGUGCUUUUGUGGUACAUUUUAUGAAACAAAUUUGUAACUCGUCAGAUUGUUACAAAAUCAUUUCCACACAGACUUGUGAGGUGUCCUGAGGCAGUUGCCUGUUUUACCUGGUUGGUAAUCCAGCCUCGAGUAGGAUCAGCUCAUUGUUUGUUUCGUCUUUUCAUGGGAACUGAAUAAUGAAAAUAGAGACUAUCACCAGACUUAUCCUUGAACGGAUGCACAACCUUGAGUUUGGUAGAGAGCCUCUGGUUCAACAGGUUUAGCAGUAAAUAUAGAAGUGCUGAUAUUGUUGCUGUUGUCGUCAUUUCAGUGCCUUACUCUGUUUGCAUUCCUAUAAACUGUCACUUCAUUGGUUUUUAGAACGUCAGACAAAGGACUGCAGUUCAACAUUAACUAGUUUGCCAGCUCUGGCACAUUUACAGAAAUGUUGAUUAAUGUGCGUUGUCCUGAAAUACACAAAUGUUUUAGUCCAGCUGCAGUUUUAUACAGAAACAUAGUUGAUUAUUGAAGUAGAAUGCUGGCAGACAAAAGUUUACAUUCUAUACCAAUUGUUUGAUAUUAGAAUAUGAAUUUAUAUUAAAUGUAUACAAGCUAAUAAUGUAAAUUGAUGUAUGACUGAGAAGUGGAAGUAGUAUAUAAAUAAAUAAAUAAGUAUUUAAUUUGAAUAAUAAAAAAGUUAAAUGAUAAAUUACAACAAUCAAAUUUAAAAAAAAAUGAACCAAUUUUAUAUUUUGUCAUUUGCCAAGGGAAAUGAGAAACUAAAUUUAUGUUAUGUGGUGCUUAUUGGGCCACACUGGUCUGAAACAAGGUGAAGGUGUUGUUUUUGGUUUCUCUCUGUUGUAUUUUGGCAGUCUUACUGCAAAUGACCUAAUAACUUCAUUCAGAGAUGUGCUGUGUAUAUAUAAAGCUCAAUAUUAUUAUGUGAAAAUGCUUGCACAGGACUUCACAGCUGUGUGUUUAAACCACUGAAACUUUGAGCCUGACCUCAUUCCCGCCCAGCUACUGAUGGUGCAAGUUUCUGUGUGCAUGUAUUUGUAGUGUAUAUCUUUGUGUAUGGUGUAUGCAUUGUAUUCAGAGAUGUGCUGUUUAUAUUUAAAGCACACACACUUUCUGUGUGCGUGUAUGUGUGUGUAUAUUUGUUGUGUACAUGUGUGUAUGGUGUAUGCAUCUGUUGUAUUGCUGUGCUAGCUUAAUGACACUGGAAAAAAAGAACUAGAUGCAAGCAAAAACUGUAUAAAACUGAACUGCUCACUUUAAGAAAAUGCUUUGACCACAUUUAUUUGAAAAUGUAAUUAAAUUAUCACUUUGUACAAACAA